AUGCACCCUCAGGGCCACCAGGGGGCAGGUUGGAGGCCAGCACCACAACAAGCACUUGCUUGGGGAGCCGAGGCCAUAGCAGUGAAUCGCUUAGACACCCACUGGCUCCCAUUAAGCUCCUGGGUGGAGUUUCCCUCUGGCCUUCUCCUGUUUUCCCUCCCCCGUUAUAGCUGUGCAGCAGCCCUUAAGAUUUGGCUUCCUGCCAGUGGAUGUGUUCCUCUUAUAACCCAUUGGCUCCAGCAUCCUGCUGAGGAUUCUGUCCACAUCUGGAUCGUCCUGAGGUUCUUCCACACCUGCCUGAGAGUAACAGCCGCAGAAAUGGCAGCCUCUUGUCGUCUCAAGCCCUUGAGCUGUGUGGCGGUGUGUGGGGGCACCCACGGUAAUGAGAUGUCAGGCAUCUACCUGGCCAAGCACUGGCUGCGGGAUCCCAUGGAGCUGCAGCGUGGCAGCUUUUCCGUCACGCCCUUCCUGGGCAACCCACGUGCCAUUGAGAAGUGUGUGCGUUACGUGGGACAGGACCUGAACCGCACCUUCACCACCGAGUUUCUCAGCUCCACAGAGGCAGAGGACGAGCCCUAUGAGGUGGUCCUGGCUCGCGAGAUCAACCAGACCUACGGCCCCAAGGGCUCAGCCCAGGCCUUUGACUUCAUGUUCGACCUGCACAACACCACGGCCAGCAUGGGCACCUGCCUCGUCGUGGACUCAGAGGAGAGCCUGCUGCCCAUGCACAUGUGCCACUACAUCCAGAUGAACUACACACGGAGCCCCUGUCCCAUCUACCUGUACAAGUUGCCAGGCGAGGAGACUUACUCCAUCAACUCGGUGGCCAAAGCCGGGCUAGCGCUGGAGCUGGGGCCACAGCCCCAGCAGGUGGUGAGAGCUGACCUGUUCAGUCAGAUGAGAGACCUCAUAGCUUGCGCAUUGGACUUCAUUGAACUCUUUAACAAGGGCACAGUGUUCCCUGCCUUUGAGAUCGAAGCGUACAAGAUCACUGGGCGCAUGGACUAUCCCUGCUACCCCGAUGGAGAGAUCUCAGCCAUGGUGCAUCCCAAGCUGCAGGAUAAGGAUUUCCUCCCCUUGAACCCCAGGGACCCAAUCUUCCAGACCUUCAGCGGGGAGGAGAUCCUUUACGAGGGCAACACCACCAUCUACCCAGCCUUCAUCAACGAGGCUGCCUACUAUGAGAAGAAGGUGGCCUUUGUCAAGACGGAGAAGAACACGUUCUCCAUCCCCGGCCUGCAGAGAGAUUGA